AUUAGAGAAAGCAUGAAAAAUGCUAAGACUUUCUCUCAUACGAAGCAGUAUUUGCAAAGUUUAAAGAAAGAAGAAAGUCCUGCUUAAACUAUCUACCUGUUAGCCUGCAGGUGUGGAUGUUAAACUGUUUGGAUUUCAUGCAGCUGGCUUCUUUACAGCAAACAGAGCGGGCCAACCUCAGUUUGCGUCUAGCCUACACCUUUCUGGAGCUCUUCUCUUCGUUCUGUUUCAGAACCUCGUUGUCGUCCUGAUGUCCUUCCUGGAUGAAGAUACGGGAGGAACAGAAAGAGGCAGCAGGAAGGAGGAGCCUGUCUGUCCCACCAUGAGCUUUAAGGUUCGACCCCACAGUCCCAGGAUCACAAGGAUGUCUAGUUACAAGACAGGUUUCAGCCCUGACAGAACAACCUCCUCAUUCCAGGGUGGACCCCCCCAUCAGGGCUCCCCACCCAGAACUCCACGCAGGCUCAGUUUCAGCGGGAUGUUCAGGUCAGCCUUCAGAGAUUCAAACCAGCAACCUCCAUCAUCACCUGUCAAAAACAAACUGUUCAUCCCCAACAGAAGAAAAAAGGCCAGAGCCCAAAGCAAGUCCUCACCUCCCCCGGCUCCCCCUCCUGCUUCCCCUUCCAGCAGGGAGGAGGUGGCUGUGUUCCAGCUACAGACUUACCUGACGGAGCCGCGGCGUCCGGAGAGCAGGAGGCUGCGCUCUUAUUCCUCCCCACCCGACCCCGGACAUCGCUACGACCUCCCAACCUCCUCACUCACCUGCUGCCAGCCGCCUCAAGCCCCGCCCACUCCUGCGUCUCCUCCAAUCAGCACUCAGGCUGUGGCUGCAGACGGCAUGACGGAGCAGCAGGACCCAGAGGAUGCAGUGUCGGAGGAGUCGGAAAGAGACAUCUACAUGCGCUUCAUGAAGUGCCACAAGUGUUACGACAUCAUCCCCACCAGCUCCAAACUGGUGGUGUUUGACACAACACUGCAGGUUAAGAAGGCUUUCUUUGCUUUGGUGGCCAAUGGAGUCCGAGCCGCUCCACUGUGGGACAGCAAGAAGCAAAGCUUUGUGGGAAUGUUGACCAUCACAGACUUUAUUAACAUCCUGACCAGAUACUACAAGUCACCCAUGGUGCAGAUCUAUGAGCUGGAGGAACACAAGAUUGAGACAUGGAGAGAGCUGUACCUGCAGGAGACCUUCAAACCUCUAGUCCACAUCCCACCUGAUGCCAGCAUAUUUGAAGCUGUGUACUCUCUGAUCAAGAACAAGAUUCACCGCCUCCCUGUCAUUGAUCCAAUCAGCGGGAAUGCGCUCUACAUCCUGACCCACAAGAGAAUCCUGAAGUUCCUGCAGCUCUUUGUGUGUGAGAUGCCCAUGCCGGCCUUCAUGAAACAGUCUCUGCAGCAGCUCGGCGUCGGGACGUACUCCAACAUCGCCUACAUCCACCCUGACACGCCGCUUAUCACGGCGCUGUCCGUUUUCACGCACCGCCGCGUCUCCGCCCUCCCUGUUGUCGACCACAAUGGUCGGGUAGUGGAUAUCUACUCCAAGUUUGACGUCAUUAACCUGGCUGCUGAGAAGACCUACAACAACCUGGACGUGACGGUCACCCAGGCGCUGCGGCACCGCUCGCAGUACUUUGAGGGAGUCAUGAAGUGCAACAGGCUGGAGACGCUGGAGACCAUCGUGGACCGCAUUGUGAAGGCCGAGGUUCACAGGUUGGUCGUGGUCGAUGAAGAGUCUCGUAUUGUCGGCAUCGUGUCGCUGUCUGACAUCCUGCAGGCUUUGGUCCUCACUCCUGCAGGUCUGGAAAGGAAGGAGUCCAUCCCCUCUCAGCCCACAGAAAUGAAUACAGCUGAGUCAGAAACGCCUCACAGAACAGAACCGGACCAGAAUCAGGACGAGGAGCAGGAGCCUGAUGUUCUAAAGGAACCUGAACUGGACACAGAGUCUAAUGAAGACUCAGAAACAGCCCUCAGGGAGGCUUCACAGAGCUGCCAGCAGGGGGAGACAGAGGACGCAAAAGCAGAGGAUAAGGAGAAGGAAGGAGAUGAAGAGCAGGAACAGGGAGAGACGGAAGGAGAGGGGGCCGAGGAGGAGACGCAAAGACAGAUGGAGGAGAAGGAGGAGGCCAUGGUGGAGGAGAAUGAAGAAGAAAGGGAUGAGAAGACCCAGGAGGAGGAGGAAAAGAAGAGUGGUGAAGAAGAGGAAGAGGGGGAGAAGACAGAGGAGAAGAACGACACAGAUGAAUGUGAGGAACGAGAGGAAGAAGAAAAGGACAACAAGGAAGAAACUGAAGAGGAAGAACGAGAGGAUAGAGCUGAGGAAGGAGGCAGUGGGGAGGAGGUGUGACAUCAUCUCUGGAGGUCCAGGCUGGGCUAACCACUAAAGAAGAAAAUAGCGUUGUGGUUGGACAGCAGCCCGGCCAGUGGGAGGGGCUUUCUUGAACCAAUAAGGAUGUUUAAUAUUUUGAUUCUGGUUGGGUUUCCUAGCAACCUUCCUGGUGAUGAAGGCCAGGUUCCACCAUAUCAGAUACUGCCCCCUGCUGGUGUGACUGGCCCCCUUCUCUCCUGUGCGUUUGUUUGUUUGUUUCCAGCUUUAAUAAACCAACCAACAAACAAACAAACGCUCUAGUUUGGACCAGAAGCAAGUGUGUUGUUCACUGGAAGAACAACAUUUCAGAUGGACUAUGGGGGCGGAGUUUAAACAGGUUCUUUGGCGGAUAACAAUUUGAGUGUUCCAAUUAUUUUUAGAACCAUGAAAAAAAUCAUAGAUGUUAAAACUUGAUAUUUUAUAAAAUUUUGAAAAAUGAUUUUAUUUAUAGAUAAGUGUAUUUCUGCUAGUGAAGGGGCGGGGCUUCACUCAGAUCAGACCAAAUGAGGGUCUAAGCUAACUAUAUCUUUACUUUUUUAAGUUGAUGUCAUUCUGCUGAGUCAUCAAAAUUUUCCAAUGAGAUAUUUCUUGUCAGAUGUGCUUCAAAAUCGAUCAAAUAAAGCUGCUGAUGAUUUUA